AAGAAGCUGCCCUCCUCCUCUCACGCUGCUGCUUUCUGUCCGCCUGUUUGUGGCUAAAACACUGUCGCUGUGUUGGACAUCAUGGCUUCUUCUAAGCCAGUGGAGACCCAGAUGCCCCGCUGGCAGCUGGCCCUGCUGGUGGGGACCCCGCUGGUGCUGGGGGUCGGGGCGGUGUACCUGUGGAACCGCAGCCGGUCGGAGGGUAGCGGCUCCGGGGAUAGAGAGCCCGGCUCCGGGGAGAGGAGCUCCGGGGAGAGGAAGACACCAGAGGGCAGCGCGAGCCCUGAGGCCCGGGGCCAGGAGCAGGACAGCAUGAGCCCGUUGGACCGCGCCCAGGCAGCGAAGAAUAAAGGCAACAAAUACUUCAAGGCUGGGAAGUAUGAGAACGCCAUCCAGUGCUACACAGAGGCCAUCGCGCUGUGCCCCACGGAGCAGAAGACCGACCUGUCCACCUUCUACCAGAACAGAGCGGCCGCCUACGAGCAGCAGAUGAAGUGGGCCGAGGUGGUGCAGGACUGCUCUCAGGCCGUGGACAUGAACCCUCGAUACAUCAAGGCUCUGUUCAGGAGGGCCAAAGCUCUGGAGAAACUGGAGAACAGGAGGGAGUGCCUGGAAG